UAGGAGAAUGCGUUCGAUUCAAUCAAAACAUAAUAUCUUUUGUAAUAAUAUAUCUCAUAAAACAUCUGAAAUCAACGAAGUAUUGAUUCCACUUAAUGAAGAUCCUUCAUCAGAGGAAAAUCACUGGUCAAUUAAUUCGGAAGAUUUGAAAGAAUGUUGGCCUCGAAAUUGUAAGAAUGAUACUAUUAGAUUCUUGUUUGCACCAGAAAAUUUAAAAGUCAUUAAUUUAACUACAUCAGAUGAUGAAUUUGUAUCUGAAUCAUGGUUAACUAUACCAAGGUUUAAAAAUGAUCGUUAUGAAAUCAAUAAUCCAGUAGAUAUCAGAAUUAAUCGAAAAUCUUUUGAGAGAGUGGUAUGUCUCAUUAAUUCGUUAAAAUGUAAAUUUAAUGCCCAUUUUAGUGAUUUAGAUACAGAAGAUGUAUACCAACCUCAACCGUUUUAUUUAUGUGGAGAAAUUGAGAGAUAUAUCAAAAUUGAAGGAAAAAUUUCUGGGUCUCAUAUGGAAUAUGGGAAUCAACCACAUAGGGAAAUUGAGGCUGCGUUAAAUGCAUCAAAUCAAAUAGAUCAAAAUACGGACAAUAGUGAAGAAAGAGAAUAUCCAAUUGCACCAAUAUUUCGUACAUCAGAAGACACGAGUUCAUACUCAACUGCUGAUGAAAAUUACAUGCCAGUUUCAUGCUCUAGAGUAUCUACACAUGAUAGUGGUAACUCUAACACAAGAAAUCAUAUGAUUUAUACAUACGAUGAAAAUGUUUAUCAUAAUUUAAAUCCUUUUAAUGUUGAUGGGAUAAAUAUCAAUAAUGUAGACAACAGAGAAAUUUCUAGUAUGUCUAAUUCUCAAGCUGAUACUACAAAUAAUAUUAAUAACAUAGGAGUUCAUGAAUCUUCAUCUUUUGUAUCUGUAUCUGCAUCGGGUUUAUCUCUUAUACCCGAUGAAGAUAUAUCGAGAAGGCUAGAAGCGGUUAGAUUUGGGGGAAAUCGAGUUAAAGGUAUGAAGAGAAGUUUUAGCUCGACGGAUUUAGGUGAUGAUAUAGACAAUGAUAAUUCUAGGACAAUUAGGUCUUAUAGGAUAUUUAGUCAAGAAUAAUGAUAUUAAAAUGAUGGAUGUAUAUAUACGUUUUUUCUUAGAUAUAUAAAUAUUAAGGACGCUAUUUUUUAAGUGAAUCACGUGAAGAUUAACUUUAUAAAAUGAACGGAUUAGUUUGGCACGUGAAUGAAUUUACUUGUACAACAACAAAUUAAUUUAUAUAAAGGCCCAAAUUCUGUUCCCUUAAUCUUUCUUUAUCUUUUGAGUCAAUAUGUCGCAUCAUAAUCAUUUAGAAGAACCAUUGUCAGAACAAUCACUAUCAUCACUUUCAUUAACACAUGUAGAAUUUAAUCCAAAAGACCCACUUUCAUAUACUUAUGCGUAUAUAACUUUAUCACCUUUAAUUAUUUUAAUAAGUUAUGUUAGUAUUAUUGUUGCUAGAAGAGAAUUGAUGAUGAUUAAUAUGUUUUUUGGUCAAUUAUUUUGUGAAAUGUUAAAUUUUGGAUUGAAAAAAUGGAUAAAGGAAAAAAGAC